AUGCGCUUGCAGUCCUCUCCAGGGUCGUCUAAAGGCCAUCCUGGUAUCUUGCACCAAUACACAAACCGACUGGUCGCAUUCGAGUAUAUUCGCGGAUCUCGCCCCAAACCGCACUCCCUCGUCUUCAUCGGCGGUCUCUCCGAUGGCUUGAACACCGUGGAUUAUCUCUCCGACGUGAUUCGUGCCCUCCAGGACAGCGACUGGUCGGUCGUCACCCCGCUGCUUUCGUCCUCAUAUGCUGGAUGGGGUAUGGGCUCCCUCGGACAGGACAUCGAUGAGAUUGCUCAGUGCGUGGGCUACAUCCGCGACCACAAAAAUUCGCUCUACGGACACGGGAAAGUGGUGAUGAUGGGUCACUCCACCGGGAGUCAGGACGUGAUGCACUACAUCAGUUGCGCCAACCCCCGACCACGACAUCCCGUCCUGGAUCGAGAAACACCCCCGGACCAGUAUGUUGGCAUCACGAGACCCCUCGUCGAUGGGGCCAUCAUGCAGGCCCCGGUUUCCGACCGGGAAGCCGCUCUGUGGCUAAGCAGGACAGGCACGGAGUACGAUAGUCCGGAGGCGAUCCAGGAGGUAUACCGCAAAGCUAUUCAGGAAGCACAGAAGCGAACCUAUGAUAGAGGUGGGGGGGAUGAGACCAUGGUCUAUGACACAAUCGUGCCGUUGGCCACCACGACCCGCAUGUAUUACCCCCCGGAUACGCCCCUCAGCAGUCGGCGGUUUCUCAGCCUGCUUAGCCCCCAGAGUCCCCAUCGACCGGAUGAAGACGACUUGUUCAGCUCGGAUCUCACGGACGAGCACCUGCAGAACACCUUUGGAAUGGUGCGAGCCCGAAGGGUACUGCAUUCAAGGGGAAGCGUGAUGGUGCUGUAUUCCGGAAGGGACCAGUCGGUUCCCCCGUGGGUCGACAAGGCAGCACUCAUGCACCGAUGGCAGGCCAUUCUCGGCCAUGAGGCGUGGCAUCCUAGUAGCUUAAUUAUCCCGGGCGCAUCGCAUGCCCUGAGUGAUCCCGACCAGGCGGAGCCCAGACGGAUCUUGGUGGAGAGGGUGACAGGAUACCUGGGAGAUGUGGAAAAACUGUAG